CUCCUCGAUCAGCACCUCGAGUCUCGAUCCGCAUCGCACCAUGUUCCGCCUCGCUCGCCGUCACUUCUCCUCCUCGUCCUCGCGAUCGGCCCUCAAGAUUGGCCUGAUCCCCGCCGACGGCAUUGGCCGCGAGGUGAUUCCGGCCGCCCAGCUCGUGCUGCAGGCCGUCAAGCCCGGCCACUUUGAGUUUGUCCACCUCGACGCUGGCUUUGAGCAUUUCCAGAAGACCGGCGUGGCCCUGCCCGAGGAGACCGUCGCUCGUCUCAAGGGUGAAUGCCAGGGCGCACUCUUUGGCGCUGUCAGCUCGCCCUCGCACAAGGUUGCCGGAUACUCUUCUCCCAUCGUCGCCCUGCGCAAGAAGAUGGAUCUCUAUGCCAACGUGCGACCCGUUGUGAGCCCUGCCGGCUCCAGCUCGGGCCACCCCGUCGACAUGGUCAUCGUUCGCGAGAACACCGAGUGCCUGUACAUCAAGAGCGAGCGUCUCGAGACUCAGCCCGACGGCAACAAGAUUGCCUGGGCUGAUCGUAAGAUCACCGAGACCGCUUCCCGCCGCAUCGCCAAGGCUGCCUUUGACAUUGCCGUCAAGCGUGGCCAGGUUCGCGAGCAGAAGCGCCAGGCCGGCGAGGCUGUCUCGUGGGAAGGCAAGCCCCGCGUCACGGUUGUCCACAAGUCCAAUGUCCUCAGCGUCUCGGACGGUUUGUUCCGUGAGAGCUGCCUGGCGGUCAAGAAUGAGAACGCUGCCUACAACGGCGUCGAUCUGGAGGAACAGCUGGUUGACUCGAUGGUCUACCGCAUGUUCCGUGAGCCCCACAAGUUUGAUGUCGCCGUUGCCCCCAACCUGUAUGGCGACAUCAUCAGCGAUGGCGCUGCUGCCCUGGUUGGUAGCCUGGGUGUCGUUGCCAGCGCCAAUGUCGGCGACAGCUUUGUCAUUGGCGAGCCCGUCCACGGCUCUGCUCCCGACAUUGCCGGCAAGGGCAUCGCCAACCCCGUUGCCUCGAUCCGCUCCGCUGCCCUCCUCCUGGAGUACCUCGGUCUCACUGCCGAGGCCAGCCGCAUCCACUCUGCCGUCGACCGGGUCAUCACCGAGGGCAAGUUCCUGACCCCUGAUCUGGGUGGCAAGAGCACCACCACCCAGGUCACCGAGGCCAUCAUCAAGGCUCUGUAAAUGAGAAACCGCAACACAGAUGGCGGCAGGCCGCUCCAAGCCAUGGCGCUUAUACAGUCACUCCAGAAGAAAACCGGGACGGUCCUCACUUUUCACUGGGAUCAGCGACACAAGCCUGCUGAACUUCCGUAGGCCCCGGUAGACAGGCCGUACGAUUUCUUCCCGUCCUGGUUGGCAAAUCGCUUUGUUUUCGUUGGUUUGGGAAGCAUCCUCUUGAAUACACUUGGUCGAUCUCCCGUGAUGACGAUCGACUGGCAUACCGAGGUCAAGAUA